UAUGAGGCUAGUCAGGUAAUUCGAUUGCUGUGAACCGCGGUAAUAAAAUACCAUCCAAUGAAUCGACACAGAAGGCUGUGACGCGACGUGGAAUUUUUUCUUCUUCUUCUGUCGCUCGCUUGCUUCGGUCUUGUCUCGGGGAAGUUACUUCAGAUCUGAGGGGGAGUUGGACUGGGGAGAAAGAGAUAUACGACGUGGACCGGACAGUUUUACAAGCCCGUGGUGGGAUCUGCCUUUAGACGGGCCCAAGAGGAAACGACCCCGGAAGACUACCCGUGUAGGUACCGCCGCGCCGGCGACUUGCCCGUGUUGAUUCAGAGAGAGAUGUUGUAACUUGCGAAUUGCACUGCGUUGGAAGGUGACUGGUCAGUCAUCGUGGUUCUCUGUCACCCCAUCCUAGAUGUUUCCUUCUUUUGCUGGAUGACACCUGGAGGGGAAAACAGUAAGUAAAGGGCAACGGAUGUGAGAGCCUUCGGGCACGGAAGGAGCUUCCUCAGUCCUCUAUCAAGCACAGCAACUAGGCCGGUCUUGUCCACUUGCUGCGGUAAACGCUUGGAAUUACAGGAGUUAACGUCUUGAUACGGAAAAGGAGUCUGUAUUUUAUUAACUUGACCUCUGCCGUCUACACGAAGACUGCAACAGCAAAACUUAGUGGCGGGUGAUUCGUGGAAUUUCAAUUUUGCGCGGGAACCAGAACAGGAAGUGUCUCAAAGGAAGAGCAGAUUUUUUUUCUGCACUGACAGCAGCAGAGCUCCACUGACAGUCAAAGUUGACCCAGCCCGUGGCGAAGCCGUUGAAGAUCCGUGCCAAUAUCUCGCGUGCGCUUUUGUACCCCCCUCCUUCCCAUCUACUCCAGGUUCAAGAGAACCGAGGACAGAUUCAACCUCGACCUCCCCUCCUUCUGUAGAUGAUAAGAGCUCGGAGUUAUUUUACCGGAACCGAGAACAUACCGACGAAAAAGAAACCCGAGAGCUUUAUCUCUUGUCCGGUCAGAGGGUCGGGCUGUCGCGUGGCACCCGACCUCGGCUCGUGACGCAGAGCUAGCACGUGCAGUCACCAAAUGAUAGCUUUACGGGACCCGAUCUGAGGCCUCGAUAUCUCGUUUUGUUUCGGCUUUGACCGGGCGGCAGUUUUUCACCUUUAUCUGCGAGAAGGGGAGAAAGGGCGGUGUAUCGUGCUGCAGUGACUUUUGUCAGGGGAGAAAGACUUGCCAGUCGCCAAAGAUGGAGCUUUUUUCGCGUCAGAUCUUCUUCUCAUCUCUGUUGUUCAUCCAGGCCUGUAUCGUGUGCGGGAAUGCGUACAGAUGGCUAGCCAUCUUCAACAUUCAAGCCCUCGGCAUUACGACAAUCAAUUCGCAGGAAAGUUGUGAAAAUCUCCCAGGACUCAUCAACAGACAAGUCCAAAUAUGCAAACGGAAUUUGGAGGUCAUGGACAGUGUGAGCACGGGAGCAUACCGAGCAAUCGCAGAGUGCCAAGAACAAUUUGGCAACCGUCGCUGGAACUGUUCCACCGUCGAUUCAUUUCCGAUCUUCGGGCAUGUUCUCGACAACGGAACGAGAGAAGCCGCCUUCGUUCAUUCGAUCUCAGCGGCAGGAGUGAGUUACGAGGUCACGAGGUCAUGCAGCAGUGGUUACCUGCAGAAAUGUGGAUGCGACAGAACAGUGACGGGUACCAGCGACGAGGGCUUCACCUGGUCAGGGUGCUCCGACAAUGUCAAUUAUGGGAUGAUGUUUUCAAAGACGUUUGUGGACGCCAGAGAGCGCAAAGGUCGCACAUCAACCGAGAGGCAACUAAUGAAUCUUCACAACAAUGAAGCAGGUCGAUUGGCCAUUGAGAAGAACAUGAGGGUACAGUGCAAAUGCCAUGGCGUAUCUGGGUCGUGUGAGAUGAAAACAUGCUGGCGGGCCAUGCCACCCUUCAAGGAGAUCGGGACUAUACUGAAGGAGAAAUUUGAUGGGGCCACGGAGGUGGUUAUGCGGCGAAUUGCAUCAAGAAGACAGCUGGUUCCAGUCAACGAGAAUUUCAAGCCUCACACAGAGUCCGACCUGGUCUACCUGGUCCCCUCGCCCGACUUCUGCGAGAGAGACCUGAAGAUGGGGUCGCUGGGAACCCACGGACGCCGCUGCAACAAGACCUCCAAGGGCAUCGACGGCUGUGAGCUCCUCUGCUGUGGGCGGGGAUUCAACACCCGGGAAGAAGUGAUCGUGGAGAGAUGCAGCUGUAAGUUUCACUGGUGUUGUUACGUCAAGUGUAACACCUGCCGGCGAACGGUGGACAUACACACCUGCAAGUGAUAGUAAUGGGCAAGGGGGGGAGACUUGUCUAUGUAAAAACAGUAAUAUAUGUAUUGGCACAAUGAGGGCGCCAUUCUGCAAGGUCGCAAACUGGUUACAACAUUCACAUUUGAGAAUAAUUUAUAUCAUCGUCUCCGUGACUAUCGCUGGAUGUGAUUACCGCUGUCUUACCCUGAAAUGAAAACACAUCCGGUUUCUGAUACUUUGGAGAAUUCCACAAUUUUGGGGCAAACGAAAAAGCAUUUUUAAAAACACUCUAUCGGCCUCAUACCUAAAUUACUUUGGUGCCUCUGUAUUACGUCAGUGACCGCCCAACAGCUUUGCAAUGAACCAUUUCUAGUCGGCAUUUUGGAAAUUGGUUUAACUUUUCUAAUAACACGGGAGCCUUACAAUAAGGAAACGUUGAAAGCUAGAGGGCGUUGUUCAAAUGGCACAUGGUCAGCCGUGGCGUUCAGUGCACCAAUAAAUCCACGGAUACUUUCAGUGACAUGCAAAGAUCAACCUCCAUGUACACUGGAAAAAGGAAAGGACACGCUAACUUGCUUUUAAAUCAUCACUGUACAAACUUGUAAUAUAAAUUGUUGAUAUUUUAUACAUUUUAAACGUUAAAUGUACAUGUUAAACUGUUUGUCUCGCAUUUUACACAAUAUUCAAACCGUAUUUGGUAUGUACUGUACAUUCUAAGUUUACAAGCGUAUCGUGAUUCUGCCUGUUUUACACGGAUUAGAAGUGGUAUUAUGCUAAACGUAUGUUAACUAUUGUAAACCUUCAAUUGCCGCUAUCUAAUUUGUCGAUAUAAUUAUGUCAUUCAACAAGCAUUUAAAAUUCACAAUAAAUCUUUGGAGUUCUAUCUCGCGAUUUGCUAAUGAGGGCGCUCAACAUGUCUACCCCAUACUUCUUUUACGUAACCUAAGGUCGAGUUUGAGCGGCCUGUUCUUGACACAGGUUUCUUGCUCUCGCACUCGAACGGCGGCAACACGACUCAAGAACACUGUUCU